ACGUUUGCAGUGUGAAAGUUCACAGGGCAUGCUCAGGUCGUGUUUUAAGCGAGCUAUGGCUGCCUUGAGUUGGUUUACUUGCAGACAGCUGCCGCGGAUUGCAUCUCAGUUCGCCCGGGUUGUGAAACAUGUCCGGCCGCAGUACCUCGGAGGACUGCCGGCGAGGAGAGUCCACGGAUCUUCGCGGAAAUGGGUGGUUGAGAAGGAGCGGGGCAAGGCUCGGGUUCCCGAGUAUCAUCAGCUGACAGAACUCGAUAAGGCGGAUGCUUUGAUGCUGAGAAAGUCCCACGAAACCGGUUUCCUUUCUUGGUUCCGUAACGGACUCCUGGCCACCGGUAUCGGGGUCAUCGCUUUCGUCCAGAGUGACGUAGGACGAGAAGCAGGCUAUGCCUUCUUCAUCCUGGGUGGCGUGUGUGUAUCGUUCGGCGGGGCGUCCUACGUGGGCAACCUGUUUUCCCUGAGGAGGAUCAUGCUUCUCUCCCUGCCUGCCGUGCUGCUGAAUGUUGCUGUGGUGAGCAGCAUCGCCCUCUUCUGGCUGUGUGCGGUAUCGCUCUACAUCGGACGCCUGGAGGUGGAGAUUAUUCACGAGGAUGACGAUGACGGAGGAGAGUGCCCAGACUGUCGCGACCGCUGCAACCACUCCCAUGGCGACAGGCACCACGGCAACGGCAAAGGCCAAGACAAGUAGAGCGCUUGAGUGGCAAAGGUGACGAAGUGUGUGUUUUGUUUCUUUGUGUGUGAGUGAGACAGAGAGAGUGUAUGACACUCAAAGACACGUGGGUACAAACGGGAUCAGUGAAAGGCAUGAUUUGGUUAUGUCCUCUGUGAGAGUAGUUGGUGUGGGUGGGUGAUUGUCUUAAAUUGCUGUGAUAGAUAUCAGAUGGGGCGGCAGGUAGCCUAGUGGUUAGAGCGUUGCACUUGUAACCGAAAGGUUGCAAGUUCGAAUCCCCGAGCUGUCCUGGACAAGGCAGUUUAACCCACUGUUUGUAGGCCGUCAUUGAAAAUAAGGAUUUGUUCUUAACUGACUUGCCUUGUUAAAUAAAGAUGGGGGGAACAAAGAUAAUAUCAGAUGAUAGAUUUGUUUCAAUUUAGUUUUAUUUUACACACACACACACUGUGAGAGUGCCUCAUUUGAGUUUAUUUACUCCUGAUCAUGUUAACUUUAUGAAUCAAAGAGCCCUGUACAAUUCCUAAGCCAUACUCUGAGCCAGCUCAUGCUGUGUUCACCUAAAUAUGGUUUUGAUUGAUGCUAUUUUUUAAUUUUUAUAUCAGUUGAUUCUAUAUCCAUACAAAGGACUACUUGGAUUCUUUGUAGUAAUCCUUGCUGGUGACGUAGAAUGAGGAGAUGUAGCCUAUGUUGACGCGUUGAGUGGUGAACUAGGCCUAUGCGAAUUGAACGAUAUAGGGUAUAAAUAGGUCAUCAAUGGUCUAUCUUUCUGGAAUUCGAUGUCUCUGUGUGCGUGUAAGUCUGGGUUUUUCUUUUAAUGCGUUUGUUCUGUUUUUACAGAUAAAAAAAUAAACCACUAUUUAGGCUUUGGCUUACAUUUUUCCAAAGGGUUUUGAUUCGUAUAGCACUUUGCCAGUUUUGUUUUCGUCAUGAGUUGUAAUUGCUUUAUUAAACAUGUUCAAUGCAAUCUUGAAUUCAACAUUCAAUUUCCAUAGUCGUUGAACUGCAAAGUAACGAUAUUUCAUACCUUUAGUCAAUCGAGGGCUGAUAGUUGGGAGCUACAACUGAAUGAAAAUACCAACCUUAAUAAAGAAACUAUACCAUUUUGUAUAUA